AUGGGUUCAAUAUGGUCUUCAUCUGAUUCAUCAUCAUUAUCAUCAUCAUCUGAUUUAUCUGUUGGUGAUCAUAUUCAACAAUUAAUUCAUAAAUAUCCAGUUAUGGUUUUUUCUAAAUCUUAUUGUCCUUAUUCAUCAAAAGCAAAAAAUAUUUUAUCAAAAUAUAAUUUAGAUAAAAAUUAUCAUGUACUUGAACUUGAUCAAUUAUCAUCGAAUGCUGAUCAAUAUCAAACUGAACUUGGAAAAUUAACAGGUGCAAAAACUGUACCACGAGUAUUUAUUAAUGGAAAAUGUAUUGGUGGUGGUGAUGAUACAAUGGCUUUAGAAAAACGAGGUGAUUUAGAACGAUUAUUAAGAGAAGCUAAAGCUAUUAAAAAUAUGCAAUCUCGUUUAGUUGAAAAAGUUCGUUCGACUUUAGAGAGCGUUGGUGUGAAGACGCCUCGGAAACUUAGACAACCAAAAAGCGAUACAUCAAAUAAAAAUAAACGACAUAAAAUUUUAGCAUUAGUCUUAGCAGGAGGUCAAGGUGGUCGUCUUGAUGUUCUUACUGAACAAAGAGCUAAACCAGCUAUUCCUUUUGGUGGAACUCUUCGUUUAAUUGAUUUUUCUAUGAGUAAUUGUCGUCAUUCACAUUUGUCUGAUGUUUGGAUUGUUGAACAAUAUGAAGUUUUUAAACUUAAUGAACAUUUAGCUAAUGGACGUCCAUGGGAUAUGGAUAGAACCUAUGGAGGUCUUCGAGUAUUACCACCUUUUGAAGUUCAUGAUAAGAAUAAAAACGAUGAUGAUAAAAAUGAUCAAAGUGGAAGUAAAGAUAAAAGCAAAGAAAAAGAUAAGAAGAAGAACAAUAAUGAAAAAAGUCAAGAUAAUGAUGAUCAUGGCGGAUUUGCCACAGGUAAUGCAGAUGCAAUUUAUCGACAACGUCGUUUGCUCAAUGAUUUUUCACCUGAUCUUCUAUUAGUUUUAAGUGCUGAUCAUGUUUACAAACUUGAUUUUCGUGAUGUUAUAGAUUUUCAUAAAGAUCAUCAAGCUGAUGUAACUAUAGUUACAACAAAAGUACCAGAAGGUGAUUCAGCAUCACGUUUUGGAGUUGUUCAAGUUAAUGAAGAAGGUCGUGUUACUAAUUUUGAAUAUAAACCAAAACAUCCAAAAUCUGAUCUUGUAACAACAGAAGUAAUUGUUUAUGAUUAUCCGAAAUUAAUGGAUACACUUGAGCAAUUAGCUGAUAAAGGUGAAUUAAAAGAUUAUGGUGAAGAAUUAUUACCAAAUUUAGUUAAAGAAGGAAAUGUUUGGGAAUUUCGUUUGAAUAGUUAUUGGAGAGAUGUUGGUAUACCAGAAAGUUAUUGGAAAGCAAGUAUGGAUUUAAUUUUAAAAAAAUCCGAAUUACAUUUAGAUGAUCCAGAAUGGCCUAUUCUUACACGUAGUACACAACGUUUACCAGCACAUUUACUUGAUUCAGCUCGUUUUGAAAACAGUCUUAUUUCACCUGGUUGUGUUAUUGGUGGAACAAUUAUUCGAUCAAUUCUAGGACCAGGUUGUAUUGUCGAUGCAGGAGCAAUUAUACGUGAUUCAAUUCUUUUUGAUGAAGUUCAUGUAGAAGAAGGAGCUCUUAUUGAACGAGCAAUUAUUGAUGAAAACGUUUUUAUUGGUAAAGGAGCAACAAUUGGUGUUGGGGAGAAAAAAGACUUGACAAUGAUUGGUAGAAGAGUUCAAAUUUCACCAGGUUCAGAUAUACCAGCUGGAGAAAAAAUUCCUCCUGAAAAAGAAGAAGAUUAA